AUGACUUGGCGGCGGCGCGGAUUCUUCUGCUUGAAGGUAGCUGCUUGUUCCUUCAAAUUAGCGAUUGCCAAUACUCCUGAAGACGAAUUAGCGGCAACUUUAUGGAACGAUACCCAUGAGCUAUUCGAAUACAAUUUCGAAGACUUCGGUUUCGAUUUUUUAGAUUUGCCCUCACCGGCUCCAACUCACAAACGCAAGUUGAUUGAUGACGAGUCUUAUUUUGUCCCAAACCGACGUUCACAUAACUGCGACCAGGAUGUCACCCUAGAGAACCAGAUAAUGAAUCCACGCACAGUUGUAUCUCAAGCCGUGAAUCUAGCGAAAAAGAAAUCUACUCAGGGACACGUCGCACUGCCAAGUCACAACGAGUAG